ACAGGAAUAACGUUUUUCACAUUAAGGGAAGGAGGGUGGACCAAUGGCAGCUGCAACUCAGAUGUUCAGUGGCAAUAUGAAGAAAGCACUUUCUGGACUACGGAGGAUCAAUUUAGAGGGCCUAAGAUGGCGGGUUUUUGAUGCAAAAGGGCAGGUCCUUGGAAGAUUGGCAUCUCAAAUAGCAACUGUUGUCCAAGGGAAGGAUAAACCAACAUAUACACCAUAUCGUGAGGAUGGAGACAUGUGCGUUGUGCUUAAUGCAAAAGAUAUUUGUGUGACUGGAAGAAAAUUAACAAAUAAAUUUUAUCGAUGGCACACUGGGUAUGUUGGCCACCUUAAGGAAAGAAGCUUGAAAGACCAGAUGGUGAAAGACCCAACAGAAGUGAUUCGCAAGGCUGUCCUACGCAUGCUCCCUCGAAAUAAAUUACGUGAUGACCGAGAUCGAAAGCUGAGGAUUUUCGCGGGGGGCGAGCACCCAUUUGGAGACCGGCCUUUAGAGCCUUAUGAGAUGCCCCCUCGACAGGUUCGGGAGAUGCGUCCUCGCACCAGACGCGCGCUCAUCAGGGCUCAAAAGAAGGCAGAACAGAGCAGAAUGGCUACCAGUCCCAUGUCUUCCAACAAGGAAGAUAAUCGUGCAUGAAUUGUUCUACUUUCUGAUCUGGUUAGGUAUCUUCUGUUACAAAUAAAAUUUUCUGAAUUGCAUGUAAUUUUCAAGUUUUUCUUUUGAGAAAAUGUGGCAAAAAAUAAUUAGGGGUAUUUACAUACCUACCAUAAAAUUCUUAUAUAUUUAAUAUAUUAAUUUUGAUAAUUA